UCUUUAUUUCUUCCGGUCUGGCCGGCAGGAGUCGACUCGGCUCACUCCCAUCAUUCACUGGGCGGGUCAUUCUGACCCGUUAACUCCUUGCUUUCGGGACGUGGGAGCAGACCGAACACUCGCCUGCGCAAGUGGGAGAGCGAGAGCUGGCGGGAGGGAACUGCAUGCGGUUCAGUGUGAUGAGGAGUAUUCGAAUUCCGGUUUGUGAAUGCCGCGAUAAUUGGAGUUGACGUUGAUGAGCGAAUAGUCUUUCUUCCUUUUGGGCAAUAUGCCUCGCAAGACAAAUUACAGGCCUGAUUACGAUGAAGACUACGAUGAUGAUUAUGAUAUUUAUGAUAACUAUGAUGGUUAUGAUGACAAUGCACAUGGACUUUAUACUAAAGGAAAGACUUCUCAGCAAGAUGCAAAAUUGAAUAAACCCGAUCUUUGGUCAUGCUCCAUUUGCUCAUAUGAUAAUGAUCAAGAUUUUUUGCUUUGUGAAAUUUGCGGAGUUCUUCGUGACCCCUCUGUUGCCUCUGGCAAGGCCAGUGAUGCAAAAGCUAAACCACCAGCUUCGUUACCUAAAGGGGAUCAAUUAUUUCCAAGUGAUUCAUCUAUCAUGCAUUAUAACCCAAGUCAACUGAAUGAAUUAUCUGAAGACAGACAAAUUGGCAAUCGUACAGUCUCUAAAGCAAUACAACUCAAUCAAAACCUGGGAAAUAAUGCUAAGUUCAAUAUGGAAACACCACAAACUCUUGCCGAUGAUUUAGACUGUUUGAAGUUAGAUACAAAUGUUACAAAAAAAAAGGAGGAUUCACUAAACGAUUCCAAGCCCAGAAAAGGGUUAUUACUUGACCAAGAACAAGGAAAGAAGGAUCAGCUGAAUCUUGCAUUUGUUGGCCAUGUUGAUUCUGGAAAAUCCACAUUAUCUGGAAGAUUAUUGCACCUUUUGGGAAGAAUAUCCAACAAAGAAAUGCAUAAAUAUGAGAAGGAAGCUAAAGAAAAGGGCAAGGGAUCUUUCACUUAUGCUUGGGCUAUGGAUGAGAGCUCUGAAGAGAGGGAAAGAGGUGUGACAAUGACUGUGGCUGUUGCAUAUUUUGAUUCAAAGAAGUAUCACGUGGUUUUACUGGACUCCCCCGGCCACAAAGAUUUUGUUCCAAAUAUGAUAUCUGGUGCAACACAAGCUGACGCAGCUGUCCUUGUUGUUGAUGCCUCUGUGGGGUCUUUUGAAGCUGGUAUGGAUGGCAGUGGCUUUGGACAGACAAGAGAGCAUGCUCAACUUAUCCGGAGUUUUGGUGUUGAACAACUAAUAGUAGCUGUUAAUAAGAUGGAUCUAAUAGAUUAUAAGAAGGACAGAUUUGAUUUUAUUAAGGUGCAGCUUGGAUCUUUCUUGCGCUCAUGUGGUUUCAAGGAAUCAUGCAUAACUUGGAUUCCUCUUAGUGCCAUGGAAAAUCAGAAUUUGGUGACGGCUGCUUCGGAUUCUCGUUUGUCUUCUUGGUACCGGGGAUUGUGUCUUUUAGAUGUGAUAGACUCAUUGCAACCUCCACUACGUGAUGUUUCAAAGCCUCUACGUCUUCCCAUAUGCGAUGUCACUAAGUUACAGACACUCGGAAUGGUGGUGGUUUCUGGUAAACUGGAGGCUGGAGUUGUUCAAAUUGGUUCAAAGGUUUUAGUCAUGCCUUCUGGGGAAUUUGCUACCGUAAGAUCCAUCGAGCGGGAUUCUUCUGCUUGCAAUGCUGUAAGAGCAGGUGACAAUGUGGCUAUCAGUUUGCAAGGCAUAGAUCCCAUCCAACUAAUGCAAGGUGGCGUGCUGUGUCACCCAGAUUUUCCUGUGGCUGUGGCGACAAGAUUAGAGCUCAAGAUUAUUGUUUUGGACAUCAAAAUGCCAAUCAUAAUCGGAUCUCCUGUUGAGUUCCAUAUCCAACACGUAAAAGAAGCUGCAAGAGUGGUAAAAAUAGUAUCUUUGCUGGAUCAGAAAACUGGAAAGGUUUCUAAAGGUGCUCCCAGAGUCCUUAAAUCUAAGCAAAGUGCCAUAGUCGAGGUGGAUUUGGAUGGUGCUGUUUGUGUUGAGGAGUUCAGUAGAUGCAAAGCCCUUGGACGGGCAUUCUUAAGGUCUGCAGGGAAUACAAUAGCUGUUGGCAUUGUUACCAAAGUAUUUGAGCAGAAUGCAUAGAAUUUUAGGCAUGAUUAAAAGCCUGGUGAGCUUCCAGGAUUUUAUUUCUUAUUCUGUAGAAGAAUGUAGUACUCUGCUGUAGAGUAUGAGUAGAGAUUACUUGAGAGUUGAGGCUGUCUUCAAUUUUGUUGUUUGCCUUUUUUAUUGUAAAGAAUUUUUGUUCACUUUCACAAAUUAUUA